GCAUUGCAUCCAUCUGAUUGAAGCAAAACCAUUGAAUCCACCAUGUCAACACACGGUGACCAUCUCCAUCUUCUCCUCUCCCUACAAGACAGGGUCCUAGAAACCCCACCCUCAUCUCCUUCACCUGGGUAUCUAUCUGAUGAUGGAUCAGCCAGGCAGAGGGGACAGGCAGACAUGUCUGUAUUUAGAACUGCUGUUGAGGAUUGUCUAGAUUAUGAACCUGAAACCUCCAAGAAACCUCUCAAAUCUGGCCAUGCAAAGAGCUCAAGUGACAUUGAGGUUGAAAAAUUCUCAGGUUUGAGAAUCCGGAAUCAGUUGGUCUCUCGAACAGACUUGAGUGAUCGGUUUGCAGAUAUUCGAUUUGUUCGUUUAACAACAAUAAAGAAUCUUCUAUCAGGGGAAAUUCUUUCUGGUUGUUGGGCGACUGUCGGGGUUCUAUAUGAGAAGGGGGGGAUGAAGACUAGUUCAACAGGGAAGCCCUAUAGUAUAUGGCAAAUCGGAUGUUUAGAUGAAAAACCUGUCUCCCUUUUCUUGUUUGGAAAUGCCUAUCAAAAGAAUUGUAAGGAAGAAGUUGGAACAAUCUUUGCUCUAUUCAACUGCAGUGUGCGAAAUAAAUCGAAAGAAGGAUUUACUCUGACCGUUUUUUCUGCUCCACAAGUGUUAAAAAUGGGAACUUCUGCAGAUUUUGGAACAUGCAAAUCAUGCACACAAGUUAUCAACAAACGUCGUGGAAUACAUUGCAAGUACCAUACAAAGAAUGCAGCACAAAAGUAUUCGACUAAAAGAGUAGAGUUCAUGGGAGGGAAUUUGAGGACAGCUUUCAGCUUCAAAGAUAGAAUGCAAUCAGAAGGCAUCUACAUGGUUGAAAACAAGACAAAUGUAGCAAAGGCUGGGCAGCCGAAGAAAGUUCUGUCUGUGGAGGGAUUAAGAAAAGCAUUAAGUAAUGCAGGAAAAGUGACCACUAACGCUUACUCGCAAGGAAUAAGAUUUUUAUCUGAAGUUGCAGGGAAACCAAGUUCAAGUUUAAACCACCCAAUUAAGAGCUCGGAUAAAAGGAAAUCGUCGGAUGUGGAGUCAAAUCUGCCUGAGGUCAAAACAAGUCAACAAAAUGCAAAGAGAAUAAAGAUUGAAAAGGGUCAACAACCAUCAGCAGCGAAAACCAAGCAAGGUACAGAAAAGAUGGUUGAGUUAGAACUUGUUAGUUCAGAUGAUGAGUUCUGACCCUUUUUUCGUAUGUAUUCUUGACAAGAAACUGACUGAAUUCAUAAGUUAUAAUGCCUGUAGUUGAGUGGAGAUACAACUUGAUCGGAAUUUAGUGUAAAUUGCAAGAGAUCCAUAGACCAGAAAUUGACUUCAUUUGCGUUCCCAACAUGAAAUUUUUAUAAUCUAGAUUGUAAUUUUGAGUUUAAAUGUUAUUUCAUCGAGACCCUUUUUUAUACGAUUUUGUUGGCUUAUUUUCAUGCUUAUAGUAUUUUCUAGGAAGUGGUUUAUAUGAUUCAACAUGUUGAUUGAUUAA